ACAAUAUAUUACUACCACUUAACUAUAAUAUUAUUCACUUAUUGCCUGCUCACACUGACACCCUGCUUCUUUAGCGGCCAUUUUCUUGCUUCCCAUUGCAUGGUGAUGCGUGCCUCUUCAUCUUCCCACUUCACACUUCAAUCUAAUCUGUACAAACCAAAUAACUCAAAUGGUAUAAACGCUCGACAACAAUAAUAGUUUGUGGGUUCAAUUUCUCUCAUAAACGCUCUCCACGUUCUACUUAUAGAAAAAAUAUACCUUACACUUAGUCACAUGCAUGUAUCUCUAGUUAUACUUUCAUUUCAGCAAUGGCACAGCUACUUGAUACUCAUGAAAUAGAGUCAUUUAAUAUCGAGUUAGCCGAGCUGGGAUACUCAUUGAGAAGCAGUGAACAUGUUUCAGAAUCGAGUUCACCGGAGCAUGGAUUAGACGACGAAGAAACUCGGUUGCAGUGGGCUGCUCUUGAAAGAUUACCUACCUUUAAAAGAAUCACUACUGCUCUAUUUUCUCAGCAACCAAACACCUCCUCAGAUGCUAAAGCUAAAAGAAUCGUUGACGUUGCCACACUUGGAGCUCAAGAACGUCAUGUGUUCAUAGAGAAACUAAUCAAACAUAUCGAACAUGAUAAUCUACGAUUACUUAAAAAACUUGGAAAACGAAUUCACAAAGUUGGUGUACAAGUCCCCACUGUAGAAGUGAGAUACAAAAAUUUAUGGGUCGAAGCUGAGUGUAAAGUUGUUCAUGGCAGGACUCUCCCAAAUCUUUGGAACACUGUUAAGACUGUGUUUUUUGAAAUUGUUAAUACAAUUUGCUCGAAACACGAAGCUAAGAUUAACAUAUUAAAAGAUGUUAAUGGUGUUAUCAAGCCAAGAAGGAUGACUUUAUUACUUGGUCCACCAGGCUGUGGUAAAACUACUUUCUUGUUGGCACUGUCCGGGAAAUUGAAUCACUCUCUCAAGAUUAAAGGAGAUAUAUCUUACAAUGGAUACAAAUUACAAGAGUUUAUUCCUCAGAAGACUUCAGCUUACAUAAGCCAAAACGAUAUGCAUAUUCCAGACAUGACUGUUAGAGAAAUUGUUGAUUUUUCUGCUCAAUGUCAGGGCACCGGAACCCGAGCUGAAAUAUUGAAAGAGGUGAGUAGAAGGGAGAAGCAGGCCGGGAUAGUCCCAGAUAUCGACGUGGAUGCUUAUAUGAAGGCAAUAUCAAUACAAGGACUGAAGAGUAAUCUUCAGACAGACUACAUUUUGAAGAUUUUGGGACUUGAUUUUUGUGCUGACACAAUGGUUGGAGAUGCCAUGAAAAGGGGUAUCUCUGGUGGUCAAAAGAAAAGGUUAACUACAGGAGAGAUGAUUGUGGGACCUGCAAAAGCACUAUUCAUGGAUGAAAUAUCAAACGGCUUAGACAGUUCCACUGCUUUUCAGAUUGUAUCCUGUCUUCAGCAUUUAGUGCAUAUUACUGAUGCUACAGCAUUGAUUUCACUUCUCCAACCAGCACCCGAAACCUUUGAUCUAUUUGACGAUGUCAUUCUGAUGGCUGAGGGAAAGAUUGUUUAUCAUGGCCCACGUCUUAGUGUCUGCAAAUUCUUUGAGGACUGUGGGUUCAUGUGCCCUGAAAGGAAAGGAGUUGCCGACUUUCUUCAAGAGGUUAUCUCCAGAAAAGAUCAAGGGCAGUAUUGGUACCGUGCAGACGAACCCUACAGUUAUUUUUCUGUUAAUCAGUUUGUAAAGAAGUUCAAUGAAAGUCAGCUUGGCAAAGAACUAAAUGAGGAGCUCUCAAAGCCAUUAGAAAAGUCUGAAAACCACAAGAGCGCACUGUCCUUCAGAAAGUACUCGUUACCAAUGCUCGAUAUGUUUAAAGCUUGUGCCAGGAGGGAAUUUCUUUUAAUGAAGAGGAAUUCCUUUAUAUAUGUGUUCAAAACUGGACAGCUAGUGAUUCUAAGUGCAUUUGCAAUGACAGUUCUUUUAGGUUCUAGAUUAUCUGUUGAUGUGCUUCACGCAAAUGAUUACUUGGGUGCUAUGUUCUUUGCGCUCAUCCUAUUACUUGUUGAUGGAUUUCCAGAGUUGCCGAUGACAGUCACAAGGCUUGCAGUUUUUCAUAAACAGAAGGAGUUGUGCUUUUACCCUGCAUGGGCUUAUGCCAUUCCUGCUACAAUUCUUAAAAUUCCAGUUUCAUUCUUAGAAGCUUUUGUUUGGACGUCUCUUACUUACUAUGUUAUUGGAUUCAGCCCUGAGGCUGGAAGGUUCUUCCGUCAGUUUCUUUUACUUUCUAUGGUACACCUAACAUCGACAUCUAUGUUUCGCCUUAUUGCAUCAGUCUGUCAAACUAUGGUGGCUUCAACAACUGUAGGCAGUCUCUUUAUAAUAGCUAAUCUUCUGUUUGGCGGCUUCAUACUCCCAAAACCAUCUAUGCCUGCUUGGUUGGACUGGGGAUUUUGGAUCAUCCCAUUGACCUAUGGGGAGAUAGGAUUGUCUGUGAAUGAGUUUCUUGCUCCCAGGUGGCAGAAGAUUGCCUCUGCCAACACAACUAUAGGGCAACAAACUCUAGAAAAUCGCGGAUUGAGCUUUGAUGGUUCCUUUUACUGGCUAUCUAUUGGUGUCUUAAUAGGACUCACUGUUCUUUUCAACACUGGUUUUACAUUGGCAUUAACCUUCUUGAGACCUCCUGGAAUUUCUCGUGCUAUUAUUUCUUAUGAAAAGUAUAAUCAACUGCAAGAAAAGGUAGAUGAUAAUACUGAGAAAGACAGGAGAGUCAGCAAUACUCAUCUUAUUUCCACUCCAGGACCUAAAAAAGGAGGGAUGGUUUUACCAUUUGAGCCCCUUACUAUAACAUUUCAGGAUCUGCAAUAUUAUGUUGAUGUGCCUCUGGAAAUGCGAAAACAAGGUUUUGCACAGAAGAAGCUUCAACUGCUUUAUGACAUUACUGGUUCAUUCAGGCCCGGUAUUCUUACAGCGUUGAUGGGUGUUAGUGGAGCUGGAAAAACCACUCUUAUGGAUGUUCUUUGUGGAAGGAAAACCGGUGGUACUAUCGAAGGAGAUAUUAGAAUUGGAGGUUACCCAAAGGUUCAGGAUGUAUUUGCCAGAAUUUCAGGUUAUGUUGAGCAAACUGACAUACAUUCCCCACAAAUAACAGUAGAAGAAUCUUUAGUAUAUUCUGCCUGGUUGCGACUCCCAGCUGAGAUCGAUAUGAAAACUAAAUCUGACUUUGUCAAUGAAGUCCUUGAAACUAUUGAGCUUGACGGAAUUAAAGAUUCUCUAGUAGGAUUACAAGAAAUUAGUGGAUUAUCUAAUGAGCAGCGGAAACGAUUGACCAUAGCAGUAGAGCUGGUUUCCAAUCCAUCUAUUAUUUUCAUGGAUGAACCCACUACAGGUUUAGAUGCAAGAGCAGCUGCAAUUGUUAUGAGAGCAGUGAAGAAUGUUGUUGAAACAGGUAGAACAGUUGUAUGCACCAUCCACCAGCCAAGUAUUGACAUUUUUGAGGCAUUUGAUGAGUUGGUCCUUCUGAAAAUUGGAGGGAGGAUGAUCUAUUCUGGUCCACUGGGCCAACAUUCAAGAAGGGUCAUUGAAUAUUUUGAGAAUGUUGGUGGAGUUCCUAAGAUUAAAGACAAUUACAAUCCAGCAACAUGGAUGUUAGACAUUACUUCCAAGUCUGCAGAGACUGAACUUGGCGCGGAUUUUGCACAAAUAUAUGAAGAGUCCACCUUGUAUAAGGAGAAUAGGGAAUUGGUUAAACAACUGAGUUCGCCAGCGCAUGGUUCAAAAGAAUUGCAUUUUCCUACUCGUUACCCACAAAAUGGCUGGGAGCAAUUCAGAGCUUGCUUGUGGAAACAUCACCUGUCGUAUUGGAGAAGUCCUUCGUACAAUCUUACUCGCAUUCUUUACAUGAUUGCUGCAUCUAUUCUAUUCGGCGCUCUGUUCUGGCAGCGAGGACAGAAAAUUGAUAGCCAACAAGACUUGUUCAUUAUGCUUGGUUCAAUGUAUACAUCAAUAAUCUUUUUCGGCAUAAACAGUUGCUCCUCAGUGUUAUCAUAUGUUUCCACAGAACGAACUGUCUUGUACCGAGAAAGAUUUGCAGGAAUGUACUCUCCAUGGGCAUAUGCAUUUGCACAGGUUAUGGUAGAGUUGCCAUACUUGUUCGUUGUAGCACUCAUCUAUGUCGGCAUCACAUAUCCUAUGAUCGGCUAUUCUAUCUCUCUCUACAAGAUAUUUUGGGCAUUUUAUACAUUGUUCUAUACAUUGCUGUGUUACACUUACAUGGGAAUGAUGUUGGUAUCUUUGACACCAAGUGUUCAGGUGGCUUCAAUUAUAGCCUCACCUACAUACUCGAUGCUCAUUUUGUUCGCCGGAUACAUUGUGCCGAGACCACGGAUCCCAAAAUGGUGGAUUUGGCUAUAUUACAUGUGUCCCACAUCUUGGAUACUGAAUGGUAUGCUCACCUCACAGUAUGGAGAUGUUGAGAAAGAAAUAUUAGUAUUCGGCGAAACCAAAACUGUUUCGGCAUUUCUACAAGAUUACUUUGGCUAUCACCAUGAUUUUCUAGGCGUUGUUGCUGUUGUUCUCAUCAUCUACCCAUUUAUUUUUGCUUCUCUUUUUGCAUAUUUUAUAGGAAAACUCAACUAUCAGAAAAGAUAAAAAUGUUAAGUUUGUUCAUGUAUAUUUAUGUCCAAGGGCAUUAUAUA